UACCUCGGCGAAUACAAUACCUUACUGUCCUUACGCACUAGGAAAAAACAAGUUCAGCGAGAAAUCAAUUACGAUGAAGACCUCAUCAACAUCGACGACAAUUUUCUCUGUCAUUACACUGAUGUGCCUCUUUCUUGGGAACGAGGUCGUAGCAUGGCCCCGUCAUAAUCCCGAUGAGCCUUGGGAUCCAAAGCAUUACUGCAAAUUCACCUCUUUCCCUGAAUAUUUCGUGCGCGGCCACCACUGCAAGGAGGACCGGAUUUGCGACAUCGCGUGCAACGAUAAGUUUGGUGAUGAACUUGGGCUGGUAGUUGUUGGCAAAUGCGAGAAACAGCAGUGUGCAUGCUUCGCGUUAUGUGCAGUGCCGUACGGCCAUCACUAAAUUACGUACCAAGUGUCCAUGCGACGGCUAAAUAAUUUAUGUGGCGGCGUAGUUAUUAUAGGAGUUAUUUGUUGUUAGUUUAUAAUGAAAGCUUCGGUUCUGUGAAGGCUGAGAUUGAGAUGUGAUUCAUCCAUUUAUAAAAAAAAGAAAAAAAAAAGUUUGGGUUCUGUAAUUCCUAACGAUCUUGUUAAUUAUUUAAUUUUUAUGGAUCGGAUUGAGUGCAUGGUUGGAUAAUAUGAUAUGGAUGUGUAAGGG